AUGAAUUAAAACAAUUUAUUUCUUAUUGAAGGGCUAAAGUUGUAGUAAGGGAACAAAUAAGCUGUCUAAUUAAUACCUUAAGUAAAUGGUCUAAAAAUGAUUGUAAGAAUUACAUUAAUUUAGAACACUCUUGAUAAUUCAUUGAUAUUAAACAUUGAUUUUUAUGAUGAUGGAAUAUUCUUUGAUUGGAGUCCUUACAUUAACAAUAAAAAUGAUGAGAAUAUAUAUUUCAUAAUACAUUUUCAUGGGUAGUUGUACAAAGUUUUUGGAACCCCAUUUUAAUUAGAUUCUAUGUAUGAAUUUUCUUCAGGAAAAUUUAUUUUUAAAAGGAAUGACAUUUACAUUUUAGAUACUAUAAAUGAAUCAAUAUCUACACAUUAAGUAUUUAUAUAUAUUAUUUCUAGUUAUCGACAAUUAUAAAUAGACAUAAUGGUAAAAAAUAUAUUGAAAAAAGAAUUAAUUAAUUAGAUUCUUAAGAAAUAUCUAAUUAAAGUAUCACAGAUUUUGGAUGGGAUAAAGUUCCUGAAGAGAUACGUAUCAUCUAAUUAUUAAAUAUACAACGAUGUCCAUAUAUUAUGAAAAUAGAUUAACUCGCAUUUGAUGGAGAAUGCUAUUCAAUUAUUUAUUAAUGUUCAACUUAAAUCUCACUAAGAUAAAUAUUAAAGAAAUAUAAGAAUCCACCUAUUUCCUUUAUUAUUGAAGUCAUGGAACAACUACUUUUAGGUAUAAAUAUUCAAAAAAUUUAGUUUUAAACAUCUUUGAAGAGCUAAAUAUAAUUCAUAAUGGAAUUACUUUAGACAAUAUAUGUUAUUCUCAAGAAUUCAAUUCUAUUUAUCUUUGUAAUUUCUCUCAUUCUAUAUUUGAAACCUAAAAUCGAUCUCUAAUGUAAUAAUAUCAAUUUCAAUUUUAGAAAAGGUAAUUCAAUUGGAUUCGUUCCACCAGAGCAAUAUUAACUUAAUUCUCGUAUCUCCACUUAAGCCAAUAUAUACUAAUUAGGAGUUUUAUUAUACUAUAUGUAUACAUAGCAAUUGUAAUUUAGGCUAUUUAAUGAAAACCCAUUUGGAAAAGAUUAAAAGAAUAUAUUAUUAAAUAAUAUUGCUGGAAAAUAUUAAAUUCCAAGUACAAAAUAAGAUAAGAAUAUUAUUGAAAUUAUGAAAUCAAUGCUAUAAAAGAAUCCAUAAAAAAGGAAAUCUUCUAAAGAAUAUUUAACAUCUAAGAUAUUUAUGCCAUCUUAUCGAUCAAAAAUUUCAAAACAUACUUUCUUCUCUUUUUUUGAAUAUAAUUUUAAUUAAAAAAUAGAUGAAUUUGAAGUUGGAGAAGAUUAUAAUUAUGUUUAAAGUGUGAAAACAUUAUAAAUAAAUAAAGGAAACAAAAAAUGA